AUGCACGUCCAAAUGCACCUCCUCCCUCUAACAUUCCUUCUGACCCUCGCCUCUGGCCACUUCGACCUUAUUGAACCACGUUCCCGCGGCAGCGACCAUGAUAAACUCGCAGAAUUCCCCUGUGGUGGCCUGCCCCCCUCUAGCCAACGCACUCAAGUCUCCCUCACUGACCCAGAGAUCAACAUCGCGCUGAAAAUGGGCCAUGAUCACAGCGCCGUCCAAGUCCUGCUGGCCCUGGGCUCGGACCCAGGCACGAAUUUCAACAUCACUUUGGUCCCGACGUUCGCACAAAUAGGUCUGGGUGACUUCUGUCUGCCCGAUGUGGAAUUGAGCGAGGAGAAGCUUGGCACACGGUUGACGGAGGGCAUGGAAGCAACGCUGCAAGUUGUGACCAAUGGCGAUCCCACAGGUGGAUUGUAUAACUGUGCAGACCUCGUGUUCACUGCUAGCGCUUCUGACGACUCCCCAGAUGGUUCUUGCAAGAAUGGCACAGGUGUUACUGCCAGUCCUUUCCCAACCUCAGUCGGGCGUAUCAAUGCCAAUGAAUCCACGGCUAAUGGAGAGCGCCAAGGUGGAUCAGGAGGUGGAAAUGGCGACAACAACCAAGGUGGCAAGCAGCCCUCGGGGAGUGCUGCAGCAUCAUUGCAAACUGCUGCUUGGGGAGUUUUGGGCGUGGUAGUUUUGGCCGCGGGCGCGCUCCUGUAA